AUGGGAACCUUCGAAGGGGCACAUCGCAUCUGCAAGUGCAACUGCCCCAAGGUGCACGAAAUGAUCACAAUUGUUCUCCUCAUUGGGCUCCUGAGUGGCUUGCCAUCCGCCCUGCUAUCUCGGUCUCCUACUGUUGAUUUGGAUUAUUCCCAGUACUGGGGUCUGUCACUUCUGAAUGAUGUUGACCAAUACCUUGGCAUGAGAUAUGCAAAGCCGCCCUUGGGAAACCUGCGAUUUCGAGCACCGGAGGAUCCAGAACAUUCAGAUACAGCUUUAAAUGCAUCAUCGUUCGGACCUCUUUGCGUGGGGGUCAGUCAAUCGGUCAGUGGUGUGGUAGGCGAGGAUUGUCUCUUCAUCAAUAUCUGGCGUCCCACAAAUGCGACAGUGGACUCUAAAUUGCCUGUUUGGCUGUUCAUUCAGGGAGGCGGAUAUGCCAACAAUGCAAAUGGCAACUAUAACGGCAGUGAGGUGGUUCAGCAAUCUGGUCAUGAUAUUGUCUUCGUCAACUUCAACUAUCGCGUGGGCGCUCUUGGAUUUCUUGCCAGUGACAAUGUUCGCAGGAAUGGUGACCUCAAUGUCGGUCUGCUUGAUCAGCGGAAGGCGCUUCAUUGGGUUCAGCAACACAUUCGCCAGUUUGGGGGUGAUCCAGAUCAUGUGGUCAUACAUGGUGACUCGGCCGGUGCUGGAUCUGUUGCUCACCAUCUGACUGCAUAUGGUGGGCACGAUGCUGGUCUUUUUGUCGGGGCAGUGGCCGAAUCAACAUUCUGGCCGACCGUACGAACGGUUGAACAAAUGGAAUUCCAGUACGACCGAUUCGUGAGUGAUCUUGACUGUGACAAAUCAAAUGACUCUUUGGCAUGCUUGCGUGCGGUGGAUAUUGAAGUACUCCAAACUUUUAACAUUGAUAAGCCCUUUCCUGGGGGCAGCACCUUGCCAUCUCCAUUGUGGUAUUUCCUCCCCGUCGUGGAUGGAGACUUGAUUCCCGACCACCUUCACACUCUUUUCAGCCAAGGCAAAUUUGUCGAAGUCCCUUUGGUUGUCAGUGACGAUACCAACGAGGGAACUGGGUUUGCAUACAAUGCAAGUACCCCUUCUGAGGUGGCGCAGUUCAUGAAAAACAACUAUCCAGGACUCUCUCAAGAUCAGCUAGAUACUAUCAACCAUGUUUAUCCUUUGAUGGAGGCUCUUCCUAAACAUGCUGCAUAUUUUCCUUCGGCUGCGGCUGCUUAUGGUGAGGCGACCUUCACUUGCCCAGGAAACUUGAUGGCCGCAUCAAUGGCAAAAAAACUGUCUCAUGUUUGGAACUAUCGAUUCAAUGUUCGGGACCGUACGGAAAUUGCCAAUGGAAUGGGAGUUCCUCACGUAUUUGAUUUACCCGCGAUCUUCGGACUUGGAGAGACGAAUCAGCCCACGUACUCAUAUGCGGACUCUAAUGCAAAUAUUGUGCCUGUCACCAUGGAUUACUAUAUAAGCUUCAUCAAGACUCUGGAUCCGAAUCUUUAUCGAAACCAACAAGCACCGGAAUGGCUUUCGUGGGGCUCAGGUACCGGGCAACGCUUGAGACUCCAGACAAACGCAACGCAAAUGGAAGAUGUUCCUCAGGCGCAGGUGGAUCGAUGCUCUAUGUGGCAACGGCUUGCGAAGGAUAUGGAACAUUAA